GGCAAGGUGGUGUCAACAAGCUCGCAGAAGACAGCUGUUGUAGCGGUGGAAACCUUUGUUCCUCACAGGCUAUACAAGAAACGCAUGAGGCAGACAAAGAAGUACCAGGCACAUGAUGAGACCAGCAAAUGCACUGUGGGAGACUACGUCGAGAUCAACCCAUGCAGGCCAGUCAGCAAAGCCAAGCGCUUUACCAUUGGAGAGAUCCUCAGGAAAUCUGAUCUCUGA